UUCACAAAUUACGACAAGACUAAGCCAGUGAGCCAGUGAGCCGCCGUUGACGGUCCGCACCUCCCAGCCGCACGCUCACCCUUUCCAUCACCUUCCUUCAAGAUUUCCACUUCUCAACCUCCUAUUCGUUCUUCAUCACAGGUUUAGUUUGCCAUGUUGGCAUUUUCAAGAGGCGUUGUUACUCGCUUACGCCAUUUCUCCGUGGCGCCGCCGUCGCUGCGAUAUUUUAGUUCCGAUGUCGAGACUUUACGGACGAUUGAAGCAAAACCUAGUGUAAUGACACCACAUUCGCAACGAACCGGUGUUAUAGCUGUAAAAUGUGGAAUGACUGCACUUUGGGAUAAAUGGGGUGCUAGAAUUCCCAUUUCUAUACUUUGGGUUGAUGAUAACAUUGUCUCUCAGGUUAAAACUCCCGAGAAAGAAGGCUAUUGUUCUCUCCAGAUUGGUUGUGGACAGAAGAAGGAGAAACAUUUGACAAAGCCUGAAGUGGGUCAUUUUAGGGCUCAAGGAGUUCCAAUGAAGAGGAAGCUUAUAGAGUUUAGAGUGACAGAGGAUGCACUUCUUCCUGUUGGUACAUCGCUUAAUGUUCGUCACUUUGUUCCUGGCCAGUAUGUUGAUAUUGCGGGAAUUACUAAAGGAAAAGGUUUUCAGGGUGUAAUGAAGAGGUAUGGAUUUAAGGGAGGUUCAGCAUCCCAUGGGAAUUCUAAAGCACAUAGAACCAUGGGUUCUACAGGACAACAUGAUUCUCCUGGAAGGGUUAUUAAAGGUAAAAAGAUGCCUGGGAGAAUGGGUGGGAAGCAAAGAACAGUAAAAAAUGUAUGGGUCUACAAAAUUGAUCCAGCAAGAAAUUUGAUGUGGGUGAAAGGCCAGGUCCCAGGAGCUACCGGGAACUUUGUUUUUAUAAAAGACGCUGUCUAUGAAAAACCUGACACAUCUAUACUUCCUUUCCCAACUUACUUUGUGCCAGAAGGUGAAGAUACAGAUGAUAUGAAGCCUUUGAUUGCUGAUCUUGGGGAUGUGGAUCCAUUUCUGAUUACUGAUUAAAGAUAGUUCAAAUAAAUGGGUUUUUGAUGCUACUACUAGAGUUUUCUUCAUGUAAUCAAUUAUGUUCUUUUAUUUGAAUAUAGAUGGCAAAAAUGAGAAAUUUGAAGAACCACCAUUCCAAAGAUUAUUUUUCACUUAGUCCUUCACUGGCUAUGUUCUAGGGUUUCUUGUGACAUUCAACAACGGUUUGUUUUGAAAUCCCACAAAUAAGUGUUGAGACUUGGAAUUAGUGACUGGCUGAUACUUUAUUUUAAUUUAAUUGUUACCUUUUUGCAGUGUCUUAA